GGGAAACUCGCUUACAGUGGGAACUUGAUGGAUUUCUGCCCUGCCGACAGAAGCGUGGUGUGAGCAGCCCCAUACCGGCUGGAUGGAUGAUGGGAAUCUCACCAUGAGGCAGAUAGCUGAUCAGCUUCCCUGGAUUUCGCUGACGCCACAGGAAAGCUUUGCCUGAAGAUGGAAACACUGGAGUCAGAACUGACCUGCCCUAUCUGUCUGGAGCUGUUUGAAGACCCGCUGCUGCUGCCUUGUGCUCACAGCCUCUGUUUCAACUGUGCACACCGCAUCCUGGUCUCCCACUGCGCCACCAACGAGCCAGUGGAAUCUAUCACCGCCUUCCAGUGCCCAACCUGCCGCUAUGUCAUCACCCUCAGCCAGCGCGGUCUAGACGGGCUCAAGCGCAACGUCACCCUGCAGAACAUCAUUGACAGGUUUCAGAAAGCCUCGGUCAGCGGGCCCAAUUCCCCCAGUGAGACCCGCCGGGAGCGGGCAUUUGAUAGCAACAGCAUGUCGACCUGCGAGAAAGUCCUCUGCCAGUUCUGCGAUCAGGACCCUGCCCAGGAGGCAGUGAAAACCUGCGUUACCUGUGAGGUGUCCUACUGUGAGGAGUGCCUGAAAGCCACUCACCCCAACAAGAAGCCGUUCACCGGUCACCGUCUCAUCGAGCCCAUCCCAGACUCUCACAUCAGGGGAUUAAUGUGCUUGGAGCAUGAGGAUGAGAAAGUUAACAUGUACUGCGUGACCGAUGACCAGUUAAUCUGUGCCUUGUGUAAACUGGUUGGGCGACACCGUGACCAUCAGGUGGCAGCUUUAAGUGACCGCUAUGACAAGCUAAAGCAAAGUUUGGAGAGUAACCUCACUAACCUUAUUAAGAGGAACACAGAACUGGAAACUCUUUUGGCAAAACUCAUUCAGACCUGUCAACAUGUAGAAGUAAAUGCAUCCCGCCAAGAAACCAAACUGAUGGAAGAAUGUGACCAGCUCAUUGAAAUAAUCCAACAAAGGCGACAAAUAAUUGGAACUAAAAUCAAGGAAGGAAAGGUGGUGAGGUUGAGAAAACUGGCUCAGCAGAUUGCGAACUGCAAACAGUGCAUUGAGCGCUCGACAUCCCUCAUCUCUCAGGCUGAACAGUCACUGAAGGAGAAUGAUCAUGCUCGCUUCCUGCAAACUGCUAAAAAUAUCACUGAAAGGGUUUCCAUGGCAACUGCAUCCUCCCAGGUUCUAAUUCCUGAAAUUAAUCUCAAUGACACUUUUGAUACCUUCGCACUUGAUUUUACCAGGGAGAAGAAAUUGUUGGAAUGCCUUGAUUAUCUUACAGCUCCCAACCCACCCACCAUUCGAGAAGAGCUCUGUACAGCUUCUUAUGAUACCAUUACUGUUCACUGGACAUCAGAUGAUGAGUUCAGUGUGGUCUCUUAUGAGCUGCAGUACACCAUCUUCACUGGACAAGCUAAUGUUGUUAGUUUAUGCAACUCAGCCGACAGCUGGAUGAUUGUUCCCAAUAUCAAACAAAACCACUACACCGUGCAUGGGUUACAGAGUGGCACUAAGUACAUCUUCAUUGUUAAGGCCAUUAAUCAGGCAGGCAGCAGAAGCAGUGAGCCUGGCAAACUCAAGACAAACAGUCAGCCGUUUAAAUUAGACCCCAAAUCGGCUCAUAGAAAACUGAAAGUGUCUCAUGAUAAUUUGACAGUGGAACGUGAUGAAACAUCCUCCAAAAAGAGUCACACACCAGAGCGAUUCACGAGCCAAGGGAGCUAUGGAGUAGCUGGCAAUGUGUUCAUUGACAGCGGGCGGCAUUACUGGGAAGUGGUUAUAAGUGGGAGUACAUGGUAUGCCAUUGGUAUUUCCUACAAGUCAGCACCGAAGCAUGAGUGGAUCGGGAAGAAUUCUGCCUCCUGGGUGCUUUGCCGCUGCAAUAACACAUGGGUGGUGCGGCACAACAGCAAAGAAAUCCCCAUCGAGCCUGCACCUCACCUCCGGCGGGUUGGGAUUUUGCUGGACUACGACAAUGGUUCCCUUGCUUUUUAUGAUGCUUUGAACUCCCUACACCUUUACACUUUUGACAUUACAUUUGGGCAGCCAGUGUGCCCCACAUUUACAGUGUGGAACAAAUGUUUGACCAUUAUAACUGGCUUGCCUAUCCCAGACCACUUAGACUCCUCUGAGCAGCUUGCAUGACUGCUAAAAGCCAAAUGAUAGGAUGACGUAUCUUCCCAGGGGGGCCAGGCAGCUGCAGGAGCUUGCCUGGAGCUGGCAGACCAUGGUAGCCUCGUGCCACCACUGCCAAAUCAGGCCAGAACUGAAAAAGGAAGAAUAUCUCUUUACUGUGUACUUUGUAUGGAAGGACAAGAAGUGGAUUUAAUCUUAGAACUUUCUUUUGCAGUUGUUUUUGUUUGGUUUGUUUUAUAUUUAGUCUCUUACAGGAAGAUUUAUAAAUUAUUUAUAAAAAAAAAAAAAAAAAAAA